AUGAAUGUUCGUCUUGCAGCACAAACGCUAAGUUCCUCUGUUGCAGAUGCAAUAGGCUUCCUAAAUUUGUCAAUGAAACUAAGUGAAUUCCAAAAUUCAGAUGGUACAAUGAAGUUUAUCCGUAUGAUUGACAGAUUGUUUGACAUGCUGAACUCACGAAGUCCUCUAGGGAAAGGAUAUAAACAACCCCUUCGUCCCGCAUCCAAAGAUAUCUGGACAGAAAUCCUGAUGUCAACAGCAACUGAUACUUGCUCGGUCUGA